AUGUCUGAAAGCAUAGAACAUUGUUCUUUUUCUGUCACUACUGAAGAUAACAAUGUAAGAAUUUUUAAAACACCCACUCAGCCUUUGCUUCCUAAAAUAUAUUAUAAUUCUGGAGGUGAUAAAGAGUAUAUGCCAUGUUCUUCUGAAAACAAACCUUUUGUUGGAAUGAUAUUUGAUACCCUUCAAGAUGGUAUUUCCUUUUAUUACAAAUAUGCUAAUGAGUGUGGAUUUAAAGUUCGUUCUAGUACUACUAAAUCACAUAAGAAUAAGAAUGAUCCUACUGGGGUUGUUAUGUCUUAUAGGAUCAUGAAAGAACUUUGUGGUGGGUUUCAAAAUGUCAGGGGCAGUAAAAAUGAUUUCAAAAAUUUUUCUAGGGACUUGAAAGUUUAUAUCUCUCAUGCUGAUGGUGCAAUGUUUGUUCAGAAUCUUGAACAAAAAGUGAAAACCAGUAAAGGGAUUUAUUAUUUUGAUUACUGUGUUGAUGAAAGUAGGCAUUUAACCCGUGUCUUUUGGGCUGAUGCUAUUGGUAGAAGAGAUUAUCAAUUAUUUGGGGACUCUUUAUCUUUUGAUUCUACCUAUGAUACAAAUAAAUAUUCAUUGGUUUUCUGUCCUUUUACUUGUGUUGAUAAUCACAAGAGAUGUGUUACAUUUUGUGUUGCUCUAUUAUCUAAAGAAGACAUAGAUUCUUUUGUGUGGCUAUUUGAAACUUUUUUGAAGUGUAUGGGAGGAGAACCCUCUUGUAUUAUCACUGAUCAAGAUCCUGCAAUGGGUAUUGCCAUAGAAAAGGUUUUUACCAAGACUAAACAUAGGUUAUGUAUGUGUCACAUAAUGAGGAAGGUACCUAAAAAGGUUGGAACUGCUUUUUGUAAUGAAACUGAUUUCCUGAAAAAGCUAAGUGCAGUAGUUUGGGAUAGAGAGAUUGAUCCUCAUGUAUUUAUUGAUGGCUGGAAUAGUGUUAUGGAGGAGUUUAACCUUGUUGAUCAUGAGUGGUUUGCAUACAUGUUCAAGAUUAAACAUUUUUGGAUUCCUGCAUAUUUUAGGGACCUAUUUAUGGGUGGGUUACUGCGUUCUACAUCUAGGUCUGAAGGUGAAAACAAUUUCUUUUGUAAUUUUACAAACCCUCAUAUGACCUGUGUUGAAUUCUUUGUCCGUUAUGAAACUGCUCUUGAUGCUCAAAGGCAUGAUCAGGAUGAGUUGUACAGGCUUAAUAAACUUGAGCCUCAAUUGGUCACUAAUUUACACUUGGAAAAGCAUGCUGCUGUUGUUUAUACUCGUUCAAUAUUUUAUGAUUUUCAAGAAGAAUGUCAGGAAGCCUGUUUUCAUGUGGUGUUGAAAGUUGUAGUUCUCUGCAAGUGUAUACGAGAAAUUCCUGAUGCUUAUAUCUUGAGUCGUUGGAGAAAAGAUGUUCUGAAGAAAGCUUUUGUCAUAGAUGUUGCUCUGGAUGAUGCUUCUAAGUAUGAUAAGAAGAAGCAAUUGGUCGGUGAUGUAUGGUCCAAGAUUUUCAGUUGUGUGAGUUUAACUGAUCAAUCUGAGGAUGAUUUAUCUGAGCUUAUUAGGACAUUAUCUUCAUUUGAGGAGCAGAUGAUAUUAAAGAAUAAUCCUAAAAAUGCACCUAGUUCAAAAGAGGUAAAAGAUGCUGAUAUUCAGGUUUUGGUUGGGUCAAAUGAAGUUGAUGUAAAUGUCUUGCCUCCAAAUCAGUGUCUUAAUAAGGGUUCUGCCAGAAGUUCAAAGAGGUUGAAGAGUGCAAAAGAAAUAGGUACUGAAGAAAAAUCUAAAAAAGGUAGAACUUGUAGAGCUUGUGAGCAAUCUGGUGUUUCCCAUGACAAUAGAAACUGUCCAAACAAGUAG